AUGUUCGUGGAUGGAGCGUUCGGCAAUACGAAUAACCCGACUCGCAAAGCCCACUUUCACUUUUUGACCAAAGUUACUGGUUACAAGGAAUGUCCUGUGGUUUGGCUCAAUAUCGGGACUGGCUCACCUAGACCACAAUGCGAUGCAGCUAGCACGGGGACACGACGAUCUUCGAUAGCGACCAUUCACCAGCGCAACUGGAAAGACAGACUGAUUCCAAAUGCGAUUCGCGAGGCACGAAACCUUCUGCGAGAUCUUGAGGCUAUAGCGACUGAUUCGGACAGAGUCGAAGAAGAGAUGGAAGAUGUUAUUGACAGCAAAGCAAACGAGCAACACAUGACCUUUGCUCGAGUCAGUGCAAACAACGGUGUCGCAGAUGUCCAGCUUGACGAUUGGCGAAGCCUAGGAAAGAUCGAGCACUUGACUCAUCUCUACUUGGAACAGCCAGAUGUUGUGUUAAAGCUCGAGCGAAUGGCUGACCUUCUGGCCACGGAAACUCUCAAACGUCGACAAGCACAGAACAGGAAAAAAUCUCUGGUACCGGAUACACCGCCUGCGCUGCCCUUACCCGUUCUACCAUUUCUGUCAACGUCUCCAGACGAACAUAGUUCGGGCUCUCAAGAGGUCUCGCCAUUAGAACCUAGCCCGAUCUCUCCACUGACCAGAGCCCCCACCAACGAAAUACCGAUAGCGCACGCUUUUGGCACAGCAGCGAAUGUUUCUCCUCCAAUUGCAGAGCAUGCAGACGAGACCUUGACUACGCUCUCUAAGCAGGAGCAAGGACCAUCAAAGCCAAAACGAGAUCUUCUCGGAAAUGUCGAUACCGCUCUGAAUACGAACACAAUACAUCCAAUUGUUGAAAAGCGCUUCUGGAACCUGCAAGGAAAGCAUGAAAUCGAUGAGAAGUGGAAGAGACGGUCAACUGUAGUAUAG